UUGGAAGCUCAAGCACACCCAAGAAGCUAGGGCCCAUGGACAAAUUUACACGUCCCAUUGAUCCCAAGUUAAGCAGUGCUGAAGCUAAGAGGCAACAAAACAUAAAUGAAGCACUUUGGAAAGAGAGAACACACCAAGUGCAGCGAUAUGUUGCUAAAUGGGUCUAUACACAUGCUAUUCCAUUCAAUGCUUGUGACAAUGAUGAGUUCAAAGAAAUGGUUGAAGCUAUUGGUCAAUUUGGUCCUGGUUUCCAACCUCCAACUCAAUAUGAUCUUCGGGGCAGAUUGUUGGAAGAGGAGCACGCAAGAACCAAGAGCUUGCUACAAGAUCGUGAAGAUGAGAAGAUUAAGCAUGGCUGCUCCAUCAUGACUGAUGCUUGGACAGAUAUGAAGAGAAGGAGUAUUAUGAACCUGUGCACAAAUACAAGUGAGGGCACAACUUUUAUCAAGUCAAAGGAGAUGUUAGAUGUGUCACACACUAGUGAAGUUAUAUAUGAGCUCGUUGACAAGGCAAUUGAGGAUGUAGGUGCUGAAAAUGUGGUGCAAAUUGUGACAGACAAUGCCUCUAACAACAUGGGAGCUAAGGCUUUGCUACAAGCUAAGAGGCCAAACAUAUUUUGGAGUUCUUGUGCAACUCAUACCAUUAAUCUUAUGCUGCAAGGUAUUGGCAACCUUGCAAAAUUCAAGAAGACGAUUGAUCAAGUAAAAUCAUUCACUAUCUUUGUGUAUGGUCACCACCGAACUUUGGCAUGUUUGAGGUCCUUCACCUUGAAGAGAGAAAUCAUAAGGCCAGGGGUAACUAGAUUUGCUAUAGCCUAUCUGACAAUGCAAAGUAUGAUGGAGAAGAAGGAUUGUCUAAGGAAGAUGGUGGUUGAUUCCAAGUGGGAAGACUUAUCUGAAGUGAAGACCAAAAAGGGCAAGGAUGCUACAGCCACGGUGUUGAACAUACAAUUUUGGAGAAAUGUGUCCCUUUGUUUGAAGGUCUUUGAGCCCUUGGUGAAAGUUUUACGUUUGGUGGAUGGGGAUGUGAAACCAUCUAUGGGGUAUGUCUACGGAGAACUUCUCAAGGCAAAGAAAGAGAUCAAAGAAUCAUUUGGAAAUGUGGAAAAGAACUACAGAGAUGUGAUGGCCAUUGUUGACAAGAAAAUGAAAAAUAGGCUUGAUUGUCCAUUGCAUGUGGCUGCAUAUUUGCUGAAUCCAUACUAUAGUUACAACAAUCCAGCAAUCUUCUCUGAUUCAAAUGUAGUGGAAAAAUUCAUGCAAUGUGUGGAGACCUUUUAUCAUGACGAUGAUGAUAAACAACAUGGGGCUGUUAAUGUGGACUUGGAAAUAUUCCAAAAGAGACAAGGAAACUUCUCAAAGAAGAUGGCAAAGACCUGCGAAUGCUUCGAUUUCAAUCCGGCAUCUUGGUGGAGGCUUUAUGGAGGUGGAGCACCAGAUUUGCAAUAUAUGGCCAUUAGAAUCCUCUCACUGACCUCUAGUGCAUCUGGAUGUGAAAGGAAUUGGAGUACAUUUGAACAGCAUCAUACAAAGAGAAGGAAUAGGCUGACAACAGAGCGUCUCAACUCUUUAGUCUUCAUCCAAUUCAAUAAUAAAUUGAUGUCCAAGAAGGAGAAAAUUAAAAGAAAGAGUAACUAUGAAGUGCUCCUAAGUAGUGAUGCUUCCGAAGCUCAAGGAUUUUUCUUUGAGGGAGGGGAUGCUCAUGCAUUGGCUGUCUUUAGGGAUGAGGAAGAUGAGGGAGAAAUGCCAGAGACAAGGAUACCAUGGAGUGUCAUUGGAGAUGCAAUGGGAACUAAUGAACAGCUUCAACCUCAAAGGAGUGCAAGAGUGGCUAGAGAGGUGUAUGAAGAAGGGUGGGAAUCUGAAUCCGAAGAUCUUGAUUAUCAAGAUGAUGACAUUGCCUAUGAGGAUGAUCAUGAUGAAGAAGCAAUUCUGAAUUGCACUACAUUUGCGGACUGAGCAGAUUUUAUGAUGGCAGCAUGCUGCCAAGUUAUCUAAAUAUCAUUAUCUACUUGUCUACUUAUGUUUAAUUUGUGUAUGGACCAUAAGAUAAGACCAUUAUUGUGUGUUGUACUGCUAUGUGCUAUUUGUGGGCCAUUAAGGCAUGUGAACUGUGACUGUUGUGCGUA